AUGGGGUCUAGAAAUAACUUAGAGACUUUCCUGCAAAAUAUUAAUAAAAAAUAUAUUAAUAUUAAUGAAAAUCGUGCCGAAUAUAUCGAACACUUUAACAAGCUUCGGGAUACAUUAUUUCUUUACCUUAAGGAAGACCCUGUGCUCAACAAGCUAUUUAAUGGAUUUCAAUUAGGAGGGAGCUAUGGUGACAACCUAAAAGUGGGAAAACCAGAUGAGUUUGAUCUUGUGUUCUAUUUGCGGAUACCAGAGAGUGAUAGCAUCAUUGUUAAACGAGAUCCUAAAGUUGCCGGAAAUGUAAUACUUGACUUGACACAAGUUUUAAAUCGCAUUAGCAACCAAAGCAACCUUCAGGAAAUUCAUAAUAAGCUCAAAUCUUUUGUAAAUGCUAAUAAUUUACUAUUAGAGGACAAAUUGCAAUCCUGGCUAUCAGGCUUGGUAGCUCGAGCACUAAACAAAAUGGAAAACAAAAUUGAAGUUAAUGGGCACACUUCCGAAUUGAAAUAUAAAAAAUGUGGACCAGCGCACACACUUUUUAUUACAACGCCUAACAAAUAUUCAGUGGACUUUGUUCCGGCCAUUAAACUAAAUGCUCGUCAAAAUGUGUUAGCUCCUGGACUAAAGCAAUAUUUUAAGGUUAUCAAUUGGGAAGCUAUUCCUAAGCCAAUGAAACCAUUUCAACCGAAUAAUAUUUCUUUUCGUGCUUCCUACUAUGAUGCCGAGGCGGCGUUACUUAAGGAUAAGUCAAACCUAAAGAGUGCCCUGCGAAUAAUGAAAAAGUUUCGCGAUACCAGACAGAAUAUAAGCCACUUAAAGAGCUACUAUAUAAAGACAUUAUUUUUAUGGCAAGCCAGUCGCAAAGACCAAAGUUAUUGGAGAAAGGCACUGACGGAUGUAGUAGUUGAUAUGUUUCAAGAGUUGGAGGAAAGUUUCAGUGCCAAAGGGCAGCUCUUAUUUUUUUGGGACCAUCAGCUGAACAUGUUAGGGCAUCUGAAUGGAAGUCAAAAAAACGAAAUGUUCAAUUGUUUGUCUAAAGCCUCGUACACGAUCAAAAGGGCUGCAUCCAAUAUGACUGUCGACAUUGAAUUGAGAUUACUGUUUACGCUCAGCCACGAAGGAGAGCGUGGUGCCCAUGGAAGAUUAGCCAAUGCCUCACAGGAAACCAAUUCAACAGUUGAACCACCACCAUCUGGCAGGCCCCAAGAGCCCCAAGCUAAUGAGCAGAAAAGCAGAUGUUGUAUUACCUAGGAUAAGUAAACAAAUGCUUAAGUUUCAAGGCUUUAAUAACAGCAAAAUAAGUUAAAAAUUGUAUAAGUUUU